GCUUGGGCUAUGGUAGGCGAAAGGAACAGAACCAUGGAAGCCUUUUGGUCCGCAAUAUUCCACUGGAUUGUAGACCAGAAGAAAUUCGGGUUCCAUUUGAGAGAUUCGGAUUUGUUAGGGAUGUGUAUAUCCCCAAGGACUACUACUCGGGGUGAGCUUUUACCUUUAGAGAAUUGAAAAGGGGGUAUAUUGGUUUGAACUUUGAAGUUAAAACAAGCCCAAGCCCCACUUUUGAAGACCUACUGUUUAUCAUUGUGUAACAUCUUGGUCUCCAAGACUGUUGAGUAAUGAAGAAUGUUCCUCUAUGAAGAGAAAUUAUGUAAUUACACAUUCAAUAGAAGUUUGAUGUGGAAGAUUUAUUCUUCACCAAUUGAAGAGUACCUGAAAGGAUUUUUAAGUUUGUGGGAACGUUGAUUUCAAGUGCAUCCUAUAAUUACAAGAAUGUGGAGAAUUUUCAAGUCACUUGCCUCUUUUGAAGUUGACUUUCAUACUUGCACUUAAAAGAAAAGGACAGCACUAAGCUUGGAUUCUAGCUUCUUUAAGUAAAUUCAGCAUGCACUUAUCUGGAAGUGCUUUGGAGGUGAUAUUUAGAUGUAUAAAUCAGUGCUCUCGUACAAUCAGUGUUUGCUCAGAUUGUAUAGUACCUGAAAGGUAUACCAAAUAAUGACGUUAUGGUGGUAUCAUACUGUGCUAAUUUUGACAAGUCAGUGCUCUCAUGCAAUCAGUGUUUGCUCAGGUUUAAUCUUAACAUCAAAUGAAGCUCUGCUCUGUCUUCUUUCUAGGCAACCUCGAGGAUUUGCAUUUGUACAGUUUGUGGAUCCUUAUGAGGCCUCAGAGGCUCAAUAUCAUAUGAAUGGGAAAAUUUUUGCUGGGAGAGAGAUAUCUGUGGUUGUUGCUGCCGAAACAAGGAAAAGGCCAGAAGAGAUGCGUCAUAGGGCUAGGGUUAGAGAACCUUCGGGCUAUGGGGGACGACGGUCAUCUUAUUAUGAACAUUCUCGGUCUCGUUCACUAUCCCGUUCACGCUCCCCUCACCAUCCGUCAGGUUCUAAACAUCGAUAUCGCUCAAGGUCCUACUCACCUGCACCAAGACGAAGGGGGGACUAUUCAGUUUCCCCAAGUAGAAGGCAAGCAGACCACCCUAAAUCAUCAGGAGGUCCUCGAAGAGAGCAAAAUGCUGAUCACGGCAGGUCUUGCUCUCCAGGUUAUGCUAAUGCUGCUGAUCAAAAUGAAAACCGCAACGGGUAUUGCGAGAAAUCAACAUAGAGGGUGAGGAAGCAAGAGGUCACUGGAAGUCAUCGAGCGGUAGAGCCUCGAGAUCGCCCUUUGGAUCCAGGUCUAGAUGAAGAAAAGACAAAUGAAUUUUGAUUUCAUCUUCAGGCUUUGUGUGCAACUGUAGGAACGAUCAUGUCUAAAGAAAAAAUUUCGCGUUGCUUGUUAGAACCCAUAGAACUCUUGAUGGUUUGAUUUCAACUGUAUAAAAAAACUCAACCCAGAUGCGAGAGAUGUUCAUGAUGAUUUCCAAUCCUUUAUUGUUC